AUGUUGUACAACAUGGUUGUUCUUUUUGUCAUCCUCCUCAACAGCUAUGUCAUUCGGGCUUCUGAUCCGGAUCCGGUUCAGGACUUCUGCAUAGCCAACACAGAAUCUGCAAGCCAUGCCAACCAAUGCAAGAACUCAUCCCUUGUAACAGUAGAAGAUUUUAUAUAUGCUGGCAUUAAGGUUCCUGGAAAAUUUGGUCCAACAGGGCUCUCUGGAGUUUCAGUGAACUCAAAUGUCUUCCCAGGAUUAAACACACUUGGCAUGUCACUUGUCCGAGCUGAUUUUGAAGUUGGUGGUGUAAAUGUGCCACAUUUCCAUCCAAGGGCCACUGAGAUUGCAUUUGUGCUUGAAGGAACGAUUUAUUCGGGUUUCGUUGAUACAAAUAACAAGGUUUUUGCUAAAGUGAUUGAGAAGGGUGAGGUGAUGGUGUUUCCAAGGGGUCUAGUGCACUUUCAAAUGAAUGUUGGUGAUACUCCAGCAACUAUAUUGGGGAGUUUUGACAGCCAAAAUCCUGGAUCGCAGAGAAUUCCAGCUGCAAUUUUCGGAUCUGGGAUUAAAGAAAAGCUCUUGGAGAAGGCUUUUGGAAUGACUUCUAAGGAAAUUUCCAAGUUGAAAAAGAAGCUUGGUCCCCAUUGA